UAUAUGCAGAACGAUUUGCAUUUAAUCUAUAUUGAUAUAAUAACCCACCCGCUGAUGUAUAAGUAGUUCGUUCCGAAAAGGUGGGGGGUUUCCCCUCCGCUGAAAGUAAUGCGCUGUUCUGCGAGCUACGGUCAACAACACUUUACUGCCCUACAGGCGCUCAAGGACUGAGGUGAAGGGAAUCCAAAUACCCGCGAAUUCCCCUGAAGAUUUGACAAAGGAUUACAAGAAUGGACAAAGCGGAGCAGUUUGUCAACAUCGACCUAAACGACGACAACAUCUGCGGUGUCUGCAAGCUGGAGACCGACACGGGGACCAUGUCCUUCUGCCAUGUCUGCUUUGAGCUUAGCAUCGAAGGUGUGUCCCAUGCCACUCUCCUGCACUCCAAAUCCCUACGGGGUCACCGGGAGUGUUUUGAGAAGUACCACCUCAUCGCCAACCAGAAGCUGUCCCGCUCCAAGGUCUCCCGCAGUGCCUACGAGGGCAUGAAGCUGGCCCUGAGCCAGAAGAUCAGCCGUAUUGUUCAGUACGCCCAGAACAAAGACUCUGUCAGCUCAGACGGAGGUCCGGGCCGCCGGGGGGGCAAGCACCAGCUCCUUUGCUACAGCCAGAAUGGAGACCGUAAACUUCUUCCCCAGUCAGACGCGCAGGUGCCUCGCUACACCCCAUGCUGGAACCAGGGGACGGGGGCAGGAGGGCUGCCGGACUACGCCACAGGCAUGCUGGAGUGCCACUCGGCCGAGGGGCUGGGGCUACUGGAGGGCGGGCAGGGCCUGUGGGGGUCCACAGGGAGGAGGGGUCUUCAUCGCCACAGCCAGUGUUCUGGAGGAGACCACCAGCUGCUGCACUCAAACAAUGGCCACAGCAGAGACGAGUUGAUUAAAAUGAGUGUGGAUGAACUCCACCAGCUGAAUGGUCAGCUCCUGCUACAGAUUCAAAAGGUGUUUGAGGAGCUGACGGUGGCUGUACAGGAGAAAGACUCGCUGGCGUCGGAGCUGCACGUUCGUCAUAUCGCUAUCGAGCAGCUCUUCAAGAACUGUGCCAAGCUUCCCUGGCUGCAGAUCAGCCGAGCCGGGUCCGGGGUCAAGGCCAGCAGCAAUGCCCCCGUGGAGUGAGGGGAGUCUGGGGGUACCUACCUGGCUUGGCUGCCUCUCUCAGGGGGCUGGCUGUCUCACUCCCAGGGCUACAGACACAGACUGGCCUCUCUAGCCAGUGCCCUUUGUAUUGUGAAAGACUUGCUGCGUGGUGUGGUUUGUCUCAGAUGAGUGAGGAGUAGACUUGGCCUCCUCUCAUCAUGCUUAAGGCUUUCUGACUGCAAUACUUGAAUAAAGGGCUUGAGGAAAGGCAAUAAAAUUGAAGGACCUUGGGAUCCAUCGACUUCUAAAUGGGAACUGUGGAUUGUUGAUCCCCUCUGGUGGACCUGUUGCCUAUGCAGAAGUAUUUUUUAAAGAAUGCCUAUUCAAAUGUAUUUGAUUCAGUGACGUGAGCAAGAUGUUGUUUGCAUAUCUAGCGAAAGUUUUCUUUUCACCAACAUUUCAUUUUUUGGUUAUCAUCUUUUACAUUUAGCCUUCUUUUGUUAUUUUAAUCACACCAUUUCCUCGCUCCUCAGCAAAUAUUUGGUUGACUUAUUCUGUUGCUGUGGUAACUGUUUCUAAAUGACCAGUGAGAUUUUAUUUUGUAAUCUGUGCAGUGAAACCUACUCUUGAGGUUUGACGAUUCUGUUACAUCACCCACAAUCCAGUUCUAAGUGGAGGUGGGAUUUUAGCCAGUUUUGGAUUAGGGUUGAAUUUGUUUUUUUUGGUUUUGUAUUUUCAUUUUUUGUUAGUGGCAUGCUGCUUUCUGAUAGUCUUAACUUAAGUUCUCUUGAUUUCAACUGGUAAGGUAUUUUAUGGCUGUCGAGCACAAGUCAUGCCUAUAGUUGAACAAGGGAGUGACAUGAAAUACAUCCUGAUAGCAGAGAAGGCACGACUAAGCGUUAUAUGGUCCAAUCGCCAAACCAAAGUAUUUUAUUUUCUUCAAGGCAGCAAAUGUCAGUAUUUAUUAUUUUACUUGUGGCCUACAAGUAUAGGCCUCGCUAGACCAACUAGAAUUAAUAGUGAAAUGCAAUAGAAAUACACUGAUACCAAAUUCACUUGAAAUGUGGCUCAAUGACCAACGUGUGAUUCUAUAACAGGUUUAGCUGUAUUGUCCUCUUAUGAAUCGUUCAACACUUCUCCCCUGGUUUCAUGGUCUGUCAAGUUAUGUUGUGUUAUGAAUGUAUGUAAUCAAUUUUUUAAAUAUUGUUUUACUCUUGUGGUUUUGGGUUUCAAAUAUGCUUUGGUUUUUACUUAUUUUAUAAUUUUAGCAAAUUGUUUUCUGGGGGUAGGCCUGUGCCUUGUGGAGUUCAAAUUUAUGGAUAUGUGAACUCAACAGGAUUCGGCAGUCUCGUUAAUAUUAACAGGAUGUGUCCAACAAUAACCCUUGCCUUCUGCUUUAAGGGCACUGAUUGGAAGGAACCAAUAUAGCUGAAAGAAAACCCAAAUAAUGAUUUGUUUCACCUAUCCAGCCUGGUCAGAUCAGUGAUUAAAAGAAGAAAAGAAAAAAAAUUGACAAACAAAUGAACUGUUCAUGAACAUUUGGGAAACGGUUGUAGUAAGAACAUGAAUUGUUAUGUUUAGGCACCCUCAGGUGGUGGUUUAAAAUUACUGCAGAGGUUCUUACCACUGAAGUGGAGCCUCUUAGGAUAGUUCUAUAAUUGGCCCAACAUGAAUUUGUAUAUUUUGGGAACAAAGAAACACUUCUAAUCAGGUUGUGAUGUAUUUGAAUCUCCCAAUGUCAGUCUCCCUCUUUAUAAGAGAUCAGAUUUGACCCCUUUGGGGUUUAGACAAAAGGUUUUAGCUCCGCUGUGUCUCAUCCUGGUUUUGUUUGGAUUAAUAAGUGUGUUCUUCUGAGCAUGAGUUGCUGAUUUUUAGAUACACUUAAAAUAAGGGAUGUGUUUCUACAAAUCCCUGCAAGCUCCUGCACGUCAUCUCUAGCUGACACCCUUGCUAACAUGUAUUGUCAGGCUAAAACUUGCACAAGACAGUUUACAGAAUUGUUGAUUUUUAAAGAAAUGUAGCCAAUUAAUUACUACAUUUAGCUAACAUUAGAUACUUAAUCCAGAGAUUCUUACCUUUUCCUCAAUUCUGCAGUCUCACCAAGAUUAUCAUGCCAUUUGUAGUUCUUCAUGAUAGCCACAUUAGCAGCUAAUUUAGUGUUUCAUUUUUGGGGGUAAAUACAGGCAAAUAUAUUGUUAAAAGUUGCCUUGUCCUAGAGAGAUUUACAUGGUUAUAAAAACAUCACACCAAGAUAAGCCUACAUGAAACAGCCCUUAUUUUUAGUGUUUCUAAAAAUCAACUAUGGGGAAAAAUUAAUGGUGGAAGAACAAUUUCAAACAUUUCCCUGUUUGAUCGCUUGUCUUCACGGGUAUUAUGACUCAUACUGUGGUACUCUAUAGUGUACUUAUGCUAGGGGAUGGGGUGCCAUUUCAGUUUUGUCCACUGAGUGGUUUGUAGGUUUGGUAAAAUGAUAUGUCUGAACGGUUGCUUACCAGGUUGGAAAGACCUGUGAGCCACCUGUGUCUGUCUGGGGUAAAUGUCCAUUAGCUGUGUGUGUGUGUAUCUGGAUAUGUGUACAUACAUACCUGUUACAUUGCUUUCCCCUUUCUGCUAAAUUUGACUUGACUCAUUAUUUACUUGGUCUGAUAUACAUUAAAGGGAUAGUUAUACCAAAUUACAAAAUGACAUUGCUUUCCUUACCCAGUAAAGUAUGACGGCAAUCCAUGUUUUGUUUUUAUUUCCGUCACUGUUUCCCGCAUUUGGCAUAUUAGCUUUCUUGCGUAUCAUGUCCAACUCUUUCGAUGGUAUCUCAAAUGUAUUGUGAAACCCAGUAACUUAGAUGAUUUGAACAUGAUGUGCAAAAAAUGCUAAAGUUGGUACCAGGACUUGAAUGGGAUUUGUGCCACAAAUGCUCCAACGUUAGCAUUUGUAAGUGGUGCCAGGGAAACUUAGCCAAAGCAUCGAUUGCGGUCAUACAUUGUCCAAUAUGUAAUUUAGGGGGAACUAUCCUACAUUUUGUAAUGUGUGAACUAUGCCUGUGCUGUGUGGAAUUUCUUUGUAGAAAGUGUUUAUUUGUGGAGCUGACUGCCUAUAUGAAAUGUCAAAAUAAUUGUUUUGUAUUUUUUCCAAAAUAUUUCAAUAAAAUAUUUUUCAUACA